GUUCCGCCCUGGAUCUUUGCCUUCGGCCAAUAGACGAGCAAUCAUUGUGAUUUUUUUGGCCAGAAGAAAGUCGGGCUUCUUGCUGUUACUGGAUUGGUAGCAACAAAAUUGUUUAUCGGGAUAGUUUGUGGGCGUACGGGCGCGGCAGCAUGCAGCCUUGGUGAAGAGUAGACUCGACUAGUUUAAUGUGAGUGGUAUUAAUGCAUUUCAGUUGAGGGGGUUGGUAUUUUCAUUUGUAUUCCACCUACAUAGGAUUGGUGAUUAAGGAAAUAUUCGAAGCGCUCUUUGCUUGUUCUUUGCAACCCUCGUUUCUUCAACACUGACGAGUGCAAGAUGACCUUGAGUGUGGUGUACGGCGGCAUAGUGCUGGUAGCGCUGCUGUUCGUUGCUCCCAAGCUACAAGCUUUGCAUCGGAACUACCGCGCAGCGCGCGCCACCGGUCUGCCCAUCGUUGUCUUUCCCUUCGAUCCUGAUAGCUUGAUCCAUACCAUCUUCUCCGACCCACUGCGCCCAGUUCUGCGCCGCCUUCUUCCAGCGUCUCUCUACGCGACUUUCGAAAUCUCCACGUUUGGCUGGGAAUUCCGUGAUAAAUCUGCCGUCCAUGAGCGCCUCGGCCCAAACUUCAUCUUGGUAUCCCCUGGGUUGAACCGAUUCAUAUGCGCAGACCCAGCUACUGGGCAGAACAUACUGGCGAGGAGGAAGGACUUCGUGCAUCCGGAUAUCUCGUUGAAAGCAAUGAACUUCUUGGGAAAGAACAUCAUCACGAACAACGACGAAGCUUGGUCACGCCAACGCCGCAUCGUAGCCCCGGCUCUCAGCGAACGCAUCAGCGAAGAGGUGUGGAAAGUCAGCGCAGAGCACGCAUCAUCGCUCACUGACAUCCUACUUUCCAACGGCCCAUUAACGACAAAGACAAUUCCUGGGCUACGUGCGAUAGCAAUCAAUGUCCUGACACGGAUUGCUUACGGCCAUAAGAAACCGUUUGCGCUACCCUCGUCGACGUACGACCCAAAGGCAGAGCUGUCAUAUGUAGACGGUAUUUGCCUCUGUACCGAGUUUCUUGUUGUAGCGGCAUUUGCUCCUUGGCGCAUGUUGAGAUGGUCCGUUAUGCCGACAUCGAUGCAGACGCUGGGUGUCGCAUUGCAGCGAUUGCCAGAGUUGACAAAGAAUAUGUUGGAUCAGGUCCGCCAGAGUUCUGCCAUGGUGACUAGUGUAGAUUCGACUACGCAUGCUGGUCCGCAUAAAGGUCCCGAUCCUAUCCUGAAGACGUUCGCCCGGCUCUCGGAUGAACAAGAUGACAAUGCUGCAAAAGGUGACGGGAAAACCGGCAGGUCUUAUCUCACGGAAGAAGAAAUUGCGGGGAACCUGUUCAUAUUCACCGCCGCUGGUUUCGACACGACUGCUAACACUAUGGGCUACGCGACCACCCUUCUAGCUGCGUACCCGAAGUGGCAAGAAUGGAUCCAAGAGGAGAUAGAUGGUGUACUGAGUCGCCCGCAAAACGAUGAAGAGAAGUCAUUGCCAGACUACGCGACGGCUUUCCCACAAUUGAAACGCUGCCUUGCAGUCAUGUUCGAAACUCUCCGCCUGUUUCCUCCGGUGACCACGGUGAUGAGGACCACGACAACGAAUCAGCUAAUCACGACAAGAAAUUCUGCGGCCAACUCUUUCACGCUCGGGGCACCGUGUGCAGUCCAUGUCAAUAUUAUGGCCUUGCACACGUCGGCCGCGAUCUGGGGUCCAGACGCACUGGAUUUCAAACCUAGCCGCUGGCUUCAACCCGCAACGAACAACGACACACGGGAAGAUAUCAUCACACCUCCGCGCGGGGUGUUCCUCCCCUGGUCCAAUGGCCCACGCACUUGCCCCGGCCAGAAGAUGUCCCAGGUGGAGUUUGUGUCUGUGAUGGCGACAAUCUUUGGCCAAUGUAGAGUGGAUCCGAUACCAAAAGAUGACGAGAGUGUACAGCAAGCGAGACAAAAACUGUUGGAUCUGACUCAGGACAGUCACCCUGUAUUGACUCUGCAGAUGAGCAGACCUGAGGAGAUACAUCUGAAGUGGGUGAGGCGAGACAUUGGCAGCCACUUGUAA